AUGUCUGGUAGUCCUUCCCGGCAAUUUCCUUCCUCUCAGCUGCCACGAGGCGGGUGCUUGACUCCCAGUGCCGCCCAGAUCUCCCGCUUUGCCCCACUUUUUCCCCCUUUUCCUCUUCCCCCUCCUCUCGUUUCCCCACUUUCUCCAUCCCCCUGCAUCUCCUCGCCUCCCUUCCGUCCACUUUCUCCCUGCCGUCCUCCCACUGCCGCUUCUCGCUCAGUCGGAGCAUCUGCUGCAGUGGUGACGACAACGCUGCUUAUCACCUUCUGUCUUCUUAACUCUCCCUCCCCUCCCUCCUCUCCAACUGCCCCGUGCUCACCCAUCCGGUGCAGUGGUGGCAGCAACACUCCUAAUCGUCUUCCGGCUGCUCAACUCGCUCUUCACUUCCCCUUAUCUGCAUCCACCCCACCCCCCACUCCCUCCCACCCACUACCCGUGCUCGCCCAGUCGUGCAGUGGUGGCAGCGACGCCGCUGAUCGUCUUCGGGCUGCUCAACUCUCCCUCCCCUCCCUCCCCUCCCCCCAUCUUGAUCCAACCCCCCACCCACUGCCCCAUGCUCGCCUGCCCACCCAGUCCGGUGCAGUGGUAGCAGUGACGCUGCUAAUCGUCUUUGGGCUGCUCAAUUCGCUCUUUGACGGCAAGCCAGUCGCCAAGCUGCCCUUCGUGCCCUUCGCCUUCAUUCAGCGCAACAUGUCGCACCGUAACCUGCCAGGGGACGAUCCCACCGACUGCUCCAUGGUCUUCCUCUACAUGCUCUGCUCGCUCAGCAUCCGCCCCAACCUGCAGAAGCUGCUUGGCUUUGCGCCUCCCCAUGGCGCUGCCCCCAACAUGUUUGCAGGCCUCGAUGCCAAGAACAAGUGA